CACAUACUUUCCAGCUAUGUUUUGAUCGUCUGUUCAGCUUUGUUUGAAAUAUUUUUUUUCCAUUUAGGAACUUGUUAUAUUGAAUUAGUGGAUUGUUCAUUGUAGUUAUGGCUGAAGUACAUAUAAUAGGAGAGAUAGUAGGAGCAAGUUGUUUUCCAGAAAACAGUUUAUUUUGUAAAUGGGGCAUACAUGCAGGUGGUGCAUGGAAACUUCUAGCAGGAUGUAAAGAAGGUCAAUCACAGGUGGACAUUCCAGUUGAUGAAGAGUUUUGUGCUUGGAGUCAUCCAAUUGAUAUACACUUUGCUACCAAAGGUUUACAAGGUUGGCCCAAGUUUCAUUUUCAAGUUUACCACCAAGACAGUUACGGUCGAAAUGAACUAUAUGGUUAUGGGUUUUGCUACGUCCCUACAGCACCUGGUACACACGAUGUGGAGUGUGUUACAUGGAGACCAACAGGACAGUUUAGAGAACAAAUAUCACAUAACUUCGUAGGAGGCGGACCUCAGCUUCGGAAUCCUGAUUUAGUGUACACUAGUUCUGAUAGGGAUCUCCUACACACUGUUGGCAUGGGAAAAAUCCAUUUACAACUAGGAAUUAUUCUCAGAAAUUUUGAUAAAUUUGGAGUUGAAUGUUAACCAAAUUUGAUUAUAAAUAUUGUAAGUUAAUUAAAUCAUAUCAAAAUAUGUGAUUUGUGUACUACUGGUAUAUAACAAACAUUUGUAUACAUAUUUCUAAGACUGCUGUCACAAACUUCAUACAGCUGUUGAAUUAACAGCAAGGAAUAAAUAAAUAUUUCUCCAUCAGCAGAUGACAUCAUGUUCUGGACACUUCUCCCAUAUUCAUCGUCUUUUCCUUCUAGGGACUAGUUGAUAGUGUAACCAUAUGUGUAUAUAUUUCCAACAUUUUAUGUUUUCCAACGUCUUUGAUGACUUACAGUUUUUGUAUGCAUCAUUCUUCGGAGCAGCAUGUUUAUUUUUGAGCUGUAUUUAUCAUGCCUAUUUAUGUGUAAAUGACAAUUUUUGUUUUUUUAAUUCCACAAAAUAUUUUGUAAAAAGUUUAAAGAAGAUUGUUCUCACAUGCAAGCAGUAGCACUGUAAAUAAAUAAUAGUAU